AAAAUGAUUGAAUGAUUGCUCUUAACGUAAUCUCAUUAAAGGGGGUGCAAAAAAAAAAAAGCACUUCCCAGGUCAGGGAGAAUGUAUAAAUGUCCAUCGCCAUCGAGGUUCUGCUAUUUUUGAGAAGCUGAAGCAACUCCAAGGCCGCAGUUCAAGGAAAUUUGGUUCUCAGCCCUAAAAUACUGAUUGAAUUGGGGACAAUUCCAAGGACUCUCUGGCCAAAACCCGUGAAGAGGCCCCGAGAAGACAGCAGUGAGGAGCUUUUGAUUGCUGACCUGUAUCAUACCACCCCAGCAUGUGCACUGGUGGCUGUGCCAGAUGCCUGGGGGGCACCCUCAUUCCCCUUGCUUUAUUUGGCUUCCUGGCUAACAUCCUGUUAUUUUUUCCUGGAGGAAAAGUGAUAGAUGACAACGACCACCUUUCCCAAGAGAUCUGGUUUUUCGGAGGAAUAUUAGGAAACGGUGUCUUGAUGAUCUUCCCUGCACUGGUGUUCUUGGGCCUGAAGAACAAUGACUGCUGUGGGUGCUGCGGCAACCAGGGCUGUGGGAAGCGAUUUGCGAUGUUUACCUCCACAAUAUUUGCUGUGGUUGGAUUCUUGGGAGCUGGAUACUCGUUUAUCAUCUCAGCCAUUUCAAUCAACAAGGGUCCUAAAUGCCUCAUGGCCAAUAAUACAUGGGGCUACCCCUUCCACGAUGGGGACUAUCUCAAUGAUGAAGCCUUAUGGAACAAGUGCCAACAGCCUCUCAAUGUCGUUCCCUGGAAUCUGACUCUCUUCUCCAUCCUGCUGGUCAUAGGAGGAAUCCAGAUGGUUCUCUGUGCCAUCCAGGUGGUUAAUGGCCUCCUGGGGACCCUCUGUGGAGACUGCCAGUGUUGCGGCUGCUGUGGGUGUCUGCCCAGGAACUGAGGACAGCUCUGCUCUGAGAAGACUAAGGAAGACACAGAGGCUCUGGAGGAUCUCCAGAUGGGGUAAAAAACCAAGGGUCAAAUAGAGCAUUCUAAGACAGACAUAUGGUUCUUUAAUCUACAGAGAACCAGGAGGCAGCAGGAUGUAGCUGAAGGAUUCUGGUUUGAUCUCAUAAAAAAGAAAUCAAAACGCAUGCAGUACAUUCCAAUUGAGUCACCAAGACCUGGAAUAACUGUCUUGGCACUCAACUCUUGAAAGGCAGGAAAGAGACUUCUAGGACAUACCAUAAUUUAUUCCCAGUCUAAUCAUCCAAAGAUAAUUUAGGGAAAAAAGAAAGAAAACUAAAAAAAGAAUAGGUCUAGUGUUUAGAACAAUUAAUGAGUGAGGGCCACUGACAUUGGCCCCAGGGAGGGAAAUAUCCUUUCUAAAAAAUUACUUUGUCCUGUGUUAGAAACAUUAAUAGUGUGACGUUGACUUUAACCCAAUGUAUCAGCCAGGGUUCAAUCAGAGAACAAAUAUCUAUGUGUAGACACACACACACACACACACACACACACACACACACACACACACGUUUGCUACAGAGAUUUGACCUUACAUAAUUCUUGGAACUAAGCAGUCUCUGUAAGAGAGUUGUCUUCGUGUCUGAUGCUGGAGCUUAAAGUCCAUAGAGCAGGCAAUCAACAAAGCAGUCAGACUUGGAUGUAAAGCCUGAAAAAGAACAAUCUAUAACCCACAAGCACGAACUGGAACCAUAAGGAUGGACUGGAAGCCUGUUUGUUCUUGUUGCCUCUGACAGCAUGGGUGCCCUGUAGAAGCUGGAGCCCUUUGUCACAGAGCUAACGACAUACUACCAGCUGGGCAUGGAGGCUCACACCUGAAAUCCCAGCACUCUGAGAGGCCAAGGCAGAUGGAUCACGAGGUCAGGAGUUCAAGACCAGCCUUGCCAAUAUGGUGAAACCCCCGUCUUUACUAAAAGAAUACAAAACAUUAGCUAGGCAUGGUGGUGCAUGCCUGUAGUCCCAGCUACUCAGGAGACUGAGGCAGGAGAAUUGCUUGAACCUGGGAGGCAGAGAUUGCAAUUAGCCAAGAUCAUACCACUGCACUCCAGCCUGGGUGACAGAGCAAGACUCUGUCUCAAAAAAAAAAAAAAAAAAAAAAAAGGACACCCUACCUGGCCCAGGCAACCCAGGCACUGAAGGAGAAUCCCGGGGAAGAUGAAUGGUUGUAGGCCCAUCAGUCCUGUGUCAGUGAGGGGAGGCGUGGCUGGCAACCGUGCAGGUGAGCUAAAAAGCUUGUAAACCUCUAGAUCCAGGUCGGCAAUGUCUCUCUCAUUGCUUGAUUUCCUUCCUUCCCUUCCCUCCCUCCCUCCCUCCCCCCUUCCUCCCUUCCUUCCUUCCUUUAUCCCUUCCUUCCUCCCUCCCUUCCUCCUUCCCUCCCUUCCUCCUUCCCUCCCUUCCUGCCUUCCUCCCUUCCUCAAAAAAAAAAAAAAAAAAAAAAAGCAGAUGUUCCUUCUCUUCUGUCUCCAAAGCUCUUAAUAAUCCCUCCUGCAGCACACCCUAACAGGAAACACAGGAAAGGGAAUUUGGGGAAGGUAGUUCGGUUUAGCCUGGCACACUACCGAACUACUCUACCCGAUGUGGAGAAGAGAAUGGCUUUUUAGUUGUCUUGUCUUUGUAUGCGUGUGAUUUAUUAGUCUAGGUCAGCGUUUCUCAACCUCUGCACUAUGGAAAACCUGCCACAUUCUCCCACAAUACCCUGCAAGCGUCUGAGUGCCUGUGUCACGUUAGGUCACCUAACCCUUUGUUGGCCCUGGACUGAGAACUCAGAGACUAUCUCACCAAUGUUUGUACCUCUUUCAAGGACUGGGCCUGGGACAGUGGGAUGUUGUCGUUGUUAUGGUGGUGUGACAAAGUUAUUUUGCUCAAGGGAAAGUGGAAGGGCUGCUCCAGCAUUUUGGAAUCGGCCAUUCAUAAUAAAAAUAACCCUAGACCUUGGUAAGUGAUGGGAUUUCACUCAGUCCUCAAAACAACGGACCUAGUGCUCACAGUUGCCCAUAUCUUACUCUCUGCUUUCUCAUGACCACACUUUAGUCAGGCCCCAGCUCUGCUUGUCCCCAAGCCUGAGAAGGCACGAAGACCCCCCUGAUAAGCUUAGUCAGAGAACCGUUCCUGUCAGUCUCCACACCCUUGCUUGCCCAACUUCCCAUUUCUGCUAAGCUCUGCCUACCUCUCCCAAUACAAAAAAAAAAAAAAAAAAAAAGCCUUUUCUGUUGGCCUCUGAGACAUUUGCAAAUUCCUGAGACUGGAGCAUUUUCCCUAUUGCUAUAGUCCUUUUGAGUAGCGUUUCUCCCUAUCUAAGUCCAUGUUUGUUUUUAUUUGGCACAAACCUAUGAUAUGGAAGCAGUGAUAAGCCCCAUUUUGCAUAAGACUAAAACAAGGCUUAAAAAAAAUAUAACUUUCCCAGGGCCCCAUAAGCAGUAAAUAGGAAGUGUAGGAUCCAAAGCCAGAUGGUCCAAUUAUCUGAGAGUGAGUCCACUCCCUCGGCCACUGAGCUAGAUUUCUUACCAAUUCUAAAAUCAUCUAGGAAGAAAUGCCUGGGUUCCUAUAUAGAACUGAAAAUAAUAAAAAGUGAUUUUGUUUUGUUUUGUUUUGAGACAGAGUCUUGUUCUGUAGCCCAGGCUGAAGUGCAGUGGCAUGAUCUCGGCUCAUCUCCUGGGUUCAAGUGAUUCUCCUGCCUCAGCCUCAUGAGUAGCUGGGAUUACAGGUGCCUGCCACCACACCCAGCUAAUUUUUGUACUUUUAGUAGAGAUGAGGUUUUCUCCAUGUUGGCCAGGAUUGUCUCAAACUCCUGGCCUCAAGUGAUCCACCCGCCUCGGCCUCCCAAAAUGCUGGGAUUGCAGGCAUGAGCCACUGCACCCAGCCUCUUUCAUUAUUUUGUAGAGACGGGUCUUGCUGUGUUGCCCAGCCUGGUCUCUUAUCUUGGCCUCAAGCUCUCCUUCUGCCUUGGUCUCCUAAAUACUGGGAUUACAGGCAUAUGGCACCAUGCCCUGCUGGGCAUUUCUGUUUAGGUCCUCAAUGAUGCUAAUGCUGCCGGCCCAGAGUCCUCCCUUUGAGAACUGCAGAAGUGUUUACAGUCUCUUAAGUGGUACCUAUGGUCACAUGAAUUAUUUUUUUUCAGCCUUGGAGAGCCUGAAGAUUUCAUCACAUUAUUAAACAUCCAUGACCCCAGAAAAAUCAAGAAAAAUUUUAAAAAUUGGACUCUAAUUAGACUCUAAUUAGAUUAGAGUCUAAUCUAGAGUCCAGCUUUUUCUAGGCAGGGCUUCAUAGACUAUGAUUUUGCAACUGGUUCAGUCUUGGAGCAGUCCCAAGGGUCUAUAUGUAUGUGUGUUUGCUUAAGCACCUGGGCAUGGGAGGCUGUAUGAUGCCAACACACUUACCAGUCCAGACUUGGUUUCCCACCCAGAAGUUGCAAUACUAAGAGCGUCAGCUUGGUAAAGAGGGUAAACAUGACAACUUUUCCCAGCAUCAAAUGUGAACAUUGUGGAGAGAUAGAAAAACAGGGAGAGGCAGAGAAAGAUAAUUCCUCAUAAUGCUAUUGAAGCAGAAAUAAAACCUCUGCAGACAGUCCUGCUGCCUCAUAAUGCCUACUGAUGUUGGGGUCACAAACUUGGGAAAAUGAAUGUUUUGCCAUCACAAUCACCCUGAGGAUCAGUUACACAACAUUUAACAGGCAUAAAUUAUACUCAUCCAAAAUGUGGCGUGGGAAGUUCAUAUAUAAACUUUAAUCUAUAUGGUUUUUUUCAUUCUUUAAAAAUGUCAAUUUUUGCGAAUGUUUUAUAAUGUACACAAUACACUAGAACAGUCACUUUAGAACAUUAAAAAAUAAACAAGCAAACAUACAUACAUUGGGGAUCCAUGAUUAAAAAAAAGUUUGGAGAUUACUCCUCAGGUGUCAAACUUGGCAGUGCACCAGAAGCACCUGGAAGCUCACUGAACAAAUGCAGACCCCCAGACCUCAGUCCUUCAGGUUCAGGAGGUCUGAGAAAUUCACGUUACAUCAACAACUUGGGAAAUUCUAAGGUAGGUGAGCUACACGAACUCUACUGUGAACUCUGCUCUGAAAAUGCCUUUAGCUCUUUAGUUUUUGUUUUUUGCUUUUUUUUUUUCCUUUUGUACUUAAUAACUUUAUUCUGACUCAAAAUUCGUAGAGCUCCUCACCAAAGGACAUAUAGGUCAGUGCAAAGAAGAAAACAAACACGUCUUGGUUGCAGUGAGCCAUGGCGCCAUUGCACUCCAGCCAUUGCACAUCUUUCUCUGUCCCCUUUCAGUAAUGCCCCGCCCUAUUCCCAGCCCUCACUGGUUGCACCCCCUGAGCCAGGAAGGUGCUGGUCACUCACUACACCAUGACAAAGCCACCUGCUGCCUGCUCAUGGCAACUCGGCUCAGCCAUUAGAGAGCAGCAGAUAACAGGUUGCUAAGCAGAUUAAUUUCUCAGGGAGCAGACUUGCCCAUCUUUCUAAAUGAUCCAAUUUUUCUCCAAUAUUUUCUCAUCGAGGAACAUUUUCCAAAAACCUCAUAAAUGAAAGUCGUGGAAGUAACAGCAAGAAGUCCAAGAUGGCGCUGUCCAAAGGAAAGCUUUCUGUGUUAGGCAUGGCUCAAGGUGAUCGAUGCAAAGUGAACAAAAUCCCUGCUCUCCUGCAGCUGACAAGUUAAUGGGGACAACGGAGAAGUAAGUUCUCUCUCACUGUUAGAUGGUGGUAAAUGCCACGAAGAAAGAUGCAGCCUGGGCACAAGAGAGGGAAAAGCUCACAAGAAGGGAAUUUAUAUUUAUUGACCACCUAUGAACAACUGGUUUUCACGUAAAUCACUUCUCUUCAUCUUCAUCACUCUCUCAUUGUACCCCUUCUUUUUUUUAUUAUAUCAAUCUUACAUGUAAAGGAACUAAAGUUCUGGCCAGGUGCAGGUAGUUCAUGCCUGUAAUCCCAGCACUUUGGGAGGAUGAGGCGGGGAGAUCACCUGAGGUCGGGAGUUUGAGACCAGCCUGGCCACCAUGACGAAAUCCCGUCUCUAUUAAAAAUACAAAAUUAGUUGGGCAUGGUGGCAUGCGCUUGUAGUCCCAGCGACUUGGGAGGCCGAAGCAGGAGAAUUGCUUGAACCAGGAGGUGGAGGUUGCAGUGAGCCAAGAUCGUGCCAUUGCACUCCAGCCUGGGUGACAAGAGCAAAACUCCAUCUCAAAAAGAAAGAAAGAAAGAAAGAAAUUGAAGUUCCAAGUUCCAAGACUUUAAGAAACUUGGCUAAGGCCAUGGAGUUAAUGAAUACCUGCACAGUACUGAACUUAGCUGGUUGUCAGAAUGAAGCCCAGGGCAAAUAGUAAAGGAGAGUGCCCACACAUGCCUUUUAUUAGCGCUCACACACCCUACCUUCUCCAGAACUCAUUAUGCUACGUGGAAUGUGCUGGCCCUCCUCUUCCCAAAUUAAUGUUUCACCCUUAUUUUGGUUCUCUGAAACUCUUAUUUUGCUCAAUGCUAAUCCCAUAAAUUGGUUCUUGUUCUAGAGUGCAGAUGGUAAUGACUUAAUUUCUGCUAAGCCUACAAAUUCGUUUUCUCCAUCUAUAGCCCAAUUUAUCACAUUAUCAUCCCCAGGGAAGAUAUUUGGGGGAAGGGGGCUUUUCCUAAAAACAGUUCUCUAAUCUUAAUGGUGGAAGUGUCAACUUUUCUGGUUGGGUAGUGAGAAAUAUGCUUUGCAGUUUGGCUUGCUGAAUGUCACUUAUAAAGAUUAGAGUCAUAGGUAAAAUAUCAGUUUCUCGACCUUCUGUCUGUUACAGCUAUCAGACUCAGAAAUACUAUAAGAAAAGGAGUGUGUUGGCCAGCUGCAGUGGCUCACCCCUGUAAUCCCAGCACUUUGGGGGCUGAGACAACGGGUGGAUCACGAGGUCAGGGCUUUGAGACCAGCCUGGUCCACAUGGUGAAACCUGUCUCUACUAAAAAAAACAAAAAUUAGCCAGGUGUGGUGGUGUGUAGUCCCAGCUACCCGGGAGGCUGAGGCAGGAGAAUUGCUAGAACUCAGGAGAUGAAGGCUGCAGUGAGCCGAGACUACACCACUGCACUCCAUCCUGGGCAACAGAGCAAGACUCUGUCUCAAAAAAUAAAAAAGAAAAAGAAAAUAAAAUGAGUGUGUUAGUGUACAUGACACAAGUCCCAUCUUCUAAAUGUAGGACAUUUGUUCAAACUCUAAGGAAGAUGAUAGAAUGGGCAAGUUUUAGACCAAAACAAAGGGAGUCUUUUAUAGGUAAAGAGAAUAAAGAAUGAGACCCAAAAAGAUUAAGCAGAUCUCUGGAGAUUACCGUUAUAUCUGUUAUUUCUGAUAGAGCUGGCACUGGUGCCUGACUUCCAAGACUGAGGUUACUGGGGAUUUCAUUUGUCUACUCAUCUUCAAAUCUCAUUUCUGAGAAAGCUGAGAAAACAGAUGGAAUUGAAAGAACUGUAGAGAUGUCAGUUCUGCCUACAUGACUCUAAAAGUGUAAUCCUAUUCCAAUAAAAAUACACACACAUACAGGAACUAAUGAUGCCUACUUCCAGAACACAGUAAUUGUCCGCAUAUAUUGUUUUCCUCUCAUUUUUCCUCCUGUGCCUUUGUUUACCAGUUUUCCAUUCCCAAAAUUCUCUGCUUUGUCUUCCCUGGUCUUACCUCACCACCAAACCCCAAAUGAUCUUUCUCUCCUGAUCUUUAUUAGCAUUCACAUAGUAGUAUAUAAGUUUCAUGGAGGCAAAGCCAUGAUUUCAAUUCCUUCUUAUGCUCAUAGUACCAAACAGAUCCUUGCACAAGGAGAGGGCCACCAACUCCUCUCCAUUUUGGUUCAUCUUCACUUUUCGCUUGUUUUCUUUAAGCCACUCCACUAUUAAAAAUCUUCCUGUCACUUCUAUUGUAUAGAAUAAACUCCGACUCUGAUUCAAAGCACACAAACCUUUUCAAGGAUUACUCUCCGUCUACCUUAUUUGGUCUCUACUCCCACCUUAUCGCCCUCACACUUUUGUUCUCAAGGGCCAUGGACCUUCUUGUCACUCCUCUUUUAAAAUCCUGUGCUUUCAAGUAGGCCAUCUCCUUUACCUGAAAUGCCUGGGAAACUCCUUGGUGAAUAAGACACCAUGACCUUUUUGUGGCUGUUCACAUGCCUUUCCUUCUCUACCUUGAGCUCGCAUAACUCUUUGUCCCAUAAUGUAUGGCCCCAAUUCAACCAUGCGAUCGGGUUUUCUUCAUCUUUGAUUUUCCUGUGUCUAUUCAGUGACUUUUACAUACCAGGAGCUCAGCAAGUACUUACUGACGACUGAAUCAAUGAACUCUUUCUCUCUGUCUUUCUCUCUCUCUCUCUCUGUGCUGGUUGGUUGGUAUGAGUGACGCAGAUGUCAAAGAAAGAAGGUCUUAAGAAUUCUAUGUUCUUUGAUUCCCUACAGAGAAACCAAAUCUGACUUAGGACCAUGGCCCCCAGACCCACCUGACUCUCUCCAACUACAAGAAACACCACUGGUUGCCUGGAAAUUUUGGUGGAAGUUAUUUUAGGAGAAAAUGCUAAUAAUUUCCUAGAUUAAUGCUUACAAUUAUUUUUUUUUUACAAACCCCUUUAUGUCAGCCUCUUCUUACUCUUACAAAGGAAUACACCAGCAUUUAAAAUAUCUUGCUUACAGCAUUGCAUAAACACCAUAAACAGGAACCAAUGAACACAGCUGGCUUCAUGGACACAGUUCCCAUGGAGACACACAGGGCCCCACAGUCAGAAGAGCCCCAUGCUUGAUUUAAUGCUCUGCUGUCACCAUCUUGCAAUUCUUAUAAAUUUGAGCAAGGGACCCCAUGUUUUUAUUUUUCAUUAGGUCCCACAAAUUAUGUAGCCCACCCUGCCAAUAAAUACAUGAUACUUACUUCCCAACAUUUUCCGAUUUGACAGUUUAAACACUGAAAUUCCCAUGUCUUCAAAAGCCCUUGGUCCCAGGCAAACCAGGAUAGUUGUCAUCCUACGUCUGGUGCUCAAACUGCAAACCAAUGUGGCAUGCAUUACUUUGUUCAAUAAAUAACAUGACCAAAUGAGUUACAAGCAGAAAAGCUUAUUUAGGACACAUAAGCCUCCCCAGUAAACACUGUCUGUGACUGCUACAAAUUAAUAUUUCUAAACACGUCUCUCUGCAUAUUACACUUCAAGGUUUAUCAACUCAAACUUUAAAGUUACAAGAAACCUAUUUCAAAAACCAGUCCAUAGAAAAGGGCUGCAGAGUCUAGGUCAAUGGAAGAAUUCCAGCAAGACUAUGAGCCACUGGGAAUUCAGUCAUUAUUUAUCUAAAUUUCUGGUUAGGAAUGAGGUUGGUAAAUUAGUCACCACCUAGUUUCAUCAUCUACAAAUUUUUAUUGACAUUAUUGGCCCAUUUUUCUAUUGGGCAGUUUGUUUUUCUAUUGAUCUGUAGGAGUUUGUUGUAUAUUCUGCACUAUCAUGCCUGGCUAAUUAUUAUUUAUUUAUUUAUUUAUUUAUUUUUGUAGAGACAAGGUCUCACUAUGUUACCCAGGCUAGUUUCACACUCCUGGGCUCAAGCAAUACUCCUGCCUCAGCCUCCCAAAGUGCCGGCAUAAGCCAACAUGCCCAGUGAGAAUCCUGUAUUCUUGAUGAUCUUGUCAAAUCUGUGAGGGUGUUGGGAGGACUAUAUAUAGAUAUACAUAUAUAUACACCUUUAAAAACCUCAGUGGGCUUUGUAAAUAAAGUGGAAAUCAGAAAUCUGUGAACAUUUAGAAUGUUGAAGGCCAGGCACGUGAGCCAAGAAAUUGUUUGCCUACAGAAUUUUCUUUCUUUCACUGUCUGCCAGGAGGGUUACAUAGCCUCUCUUCAGUACCACCCAAAACCCCCAGUAAAAGGAACACAGACAAAUAAUGAAAAGACAAAAGCUCCAAGUGCAAGUUCAAUUGUCUUUAUUUUUCUUAUACAGAAUCAGAGAAGCAAAAACCAGUACCAAACUCCAGGUAAAAUGGUUUGAUCUGAUCGAUUUGGCUGCAUACUUUUGGUAUGCAAAACAUUCUAAACUGAAAAUAGAAAUUUUUAUAUUACAAAAUGUAGAAGUAAAUUUUUUUAAAAGUUAAAGUACUAGCACAUAUAUGUGUUAGGGAAAUGGUCUCUGUCAAUUGCCCAUUUUCCCAAUUAAAUUAAUCUACGAUUUCCUUUUUUUAACAGCUUAUAUUUUUCAUAAAAGUUGUACUUUCAGAAGUUACUUUCUAAUUACGUCAUGAGAACACAACUUGUAAUUAGCAACACUUCUGUCACUCCAGCUCACUUCUUCUGCAGAGAGCUUUUCUACCAAGUUCGCAUCAACCAGCACAAUAAAUCUUCCACAUUUUAUCUGCUUCCUGUAUAUGGUAUAACCAGUGAAAGAAAUGGCAUUUCACAUCCUUGAUAAUAUGGUGAAAUACUGUCUAACAAUUACUUAGAUUUAACAGAAUUACAAUUAGGUUUUGACAAUGUAUUUACUUCAAGACAACGUAUUUCAUCAGAAAAAAAUAUCUUGAAAGAAAGACCUCUGAAAUUAUUUUUCAUUUGAUAUGCCUUUUCUGUGACAAAAUUUUGGGUGAAAUGAUGUUUACUGGUUGAUUUAGUACUAAAAAGACUAGUACUAAAAAGACUAAAGACAGUUGUUUUAUAAAAGAAAUAUACUAUAAAUAGCACCUUAUCAAGAAUUCUGCAGGGAUUUUAACACUUACAAUAAUAGGAAAUAGCCAUUAAAAAAGUUGCUCUAACUUUAGACUUCUAACUUUAGUGUUCUUUAACAAAGGCCAUAUUUUAUGGUCUUAAAAACAAAACAAAAAAAAUUAUAUCUGGCUUUAUCUAUUAGUAAACGUAAAGGGUCCAUAUUUUGUUCUGAAAAAAUAUUUAUUAUAUUCAUUAAUAAAUGUUCUAACUAAUUGAACUAAAAAAAAUCUUCUAGUAUUUUCUAAUGCCACAAUCUUACUAGAAAAUUACUUCUAAAAAUUGGUAAUAUAAAUCAUCAAUGAUUUAACUGCUUAAAAAAAAGGGGUAUCUGUUUCUCUUACAUUUAAUUACCUGAAAAUGAGUCUAUAAAAAUAUUUUUUAAAAAUACAGUAACACUGCUGAGUUUUGUUAGGUCCCUUGUUUUUUUUUUUUUUAUUUUUUUUUAUUUUUUAGCAAGAAUGUACAAUUCUUUUUGCAAUUUUUUGCUAACAAAAGACAAAAAGAAAUAGUGCUCCCUUCAAUUUAGUAGCAAUAAA